UUUGCAAUGAAUCCGAAACAUAAAUAUCCUGACGAGGCCCCGGGAUAUUCAGUCUUUCCAGCAUAACUCCAGCUCCAACCAGCAUUUCACCAGACACUUGCGAAUCAAAAAAUUCACAGCGGUAGCACAUACCAAAACAAGCUCUUCGUCUAUUUGUUUCAAAGUCCUUAGCAGAAAAGUGCAGCCUAUCGAUCCCACUCUUCAGCAAGGCAUCCAGCCAUCGACCAAUAAAAAUUCCUCAAUUUCCUGAAACAUACUCAAGGAGAACACAAGCCGCCAUGUGCUUUUAUAACCAGAAGAAAUUUUCCUGUGGAGACUGGGCAUGGGGCAAUUUCGCAGCCCGCUGCAACCAUGAAUACCGAAUGGGCGAGACUUGCGGUAUGAGACUCGUUCACAACACCGAAAACAUCCAAACACAAUGUAAAUUGUGCGAAAAAAUCGACACCAAGUGCCGCCGACGAAACGCUGAGCUCGAGAGACUUGCGCGGUGGCAGCGAGAGGGUGGCGUACUCAAAGCGUCAAUGGAAAAAAGCAGUGCCGAGGUCAGGGACCUAGAACAGGAGAUCAGGCAAUUGGAGUAUGAGAGGCAGCUGAAACAGAAGAACAUUGGCAAGUAAACUACCUCAUGCCAAGAAGCGCUGGAAACACCAAACACCACCCGCAGCCAAAACGUUGGAAUAUUCAGAGAUUCAAAGAGAAGAAAAAAAAAAUUUGAACCACCUCAUCCUUUUUUGUUAUCACAAUGUUUCAUGUUUCACUGUUCUUUCAUAAUAUCCACUUGUUUUUAAUAUUUCGGGUCUUCAUUUCAUUUCAUGCCUACCCCGUUGGGUUAUAAAUUUGGAAAAAUCGGCACUGGGGGCCAUAGGCUGGGCGGCUGGUGCAGAACAUGUUCGAGACAGUCGGGGAUCAGGAUUUGGGCUUAGCGUUUGGGUCCUUUUUGUCUAAGGGCUCUUGUUUGCCAAUGAAAUUUAUGAGUUUUUCGCUUUGUGUCCAUACUAUUAUGGUGAAUCCAACCAUUAAGCGCCCUGUAUCAUUUCGAGCGAGGUGACCAGGAGGACGCUGCUUGUCG